UUCCCACAGACCAUGCGCGGCGAUUGGAGUCGAGCUUGUCCCCGCCUUCCAGCGAGCCGCAGCCAGUGAAAGUCCCGUUCGCGGCGGUCCAGCCCUCCUCUUCGGUCCGCGGAGUGAGUUACUGAAGCUGCGGCAGUAGCAGGGCCCUCCCUCUGUCUCUGCCGUUAAAUAUUCGCAGCCGGUUUUCCAGGCAUGGAUGUCGGUUGCAGUACGAUAUGGCAGUGCGACAUUACACUCUCGAUUUUAACCUCUCCACGGCAGGUAGGACAGCCACAGAAAUUGAGUGUGCCUCGGUAGUUCCUGGUCUGCUGUCCAUCUUCCAUGAGCAGGAGUUGGCGGAGACCAUUCAUGACACAAAUGGGCACGGGUACCUUGCAACAUUUGUUGGGAAGAAUGGCCGACUUGUCAUUCUGCGUGUGCACUCCCAUGGCUUGGUGACCAUUGAUCUGCAGUGCUAUGAAGAGGAUAAUGCUGCACAGUUAGACAAUCUUUUGAAUUCUCUGGAAAAGAAGUUAAAAGUGAUUUUGAAUGGAAACAUAGCAAGGACUAAAAAGCUGCCACCUCUGGUGCGAGGAGCAGAAGUCGACAGAUACUGGCCGACAGCUGAUGGCAGACUGGUGGAGUACGAUAUCGACAAGGUGGUGUACGAAGAAGAUUCUCCAUACCAAAACAUAAAGAUAUUGCACUCGAAGCAGUAUGGAAACAUCCUAGUGCUGGAUGGCGACGUCAAUCUGGCAGAGAGUGAUUAUGCCUACACCCAGGCUAUUACAGGGAACGGGAAAGAGAAUUAUGCUGGGAAAGAGGUUCUGAUAUUAGGAGGAGGAGACGGAGGGAUCCUUGCUGAGUUGGUCAAACAUAAGCCAAAGAUGAUCACUAUGGUGGAGAUUGACCAGAAGGUGAUAGAUGGGUGCAAGACGCACAUGAGAAAAACCUGUGGAAACAUCCUGGACACCUUGAGGGGAGACUGCUAUCAGAUAUUUAUUGAAGACUGUGUUCCCCUGCUAAAGAAAUAUGUCCGGGAAGGCAGGACAUUUGAUUACGUAAUAAAUGACCUCACUGCAAUCCCAAUAUCCACAUCGCCAGAGGAAGAUUCUACAUGGGAGUUCCUUCGUCUCAUUUUAGACCUGUCAAUUCGUGUCCUACAUCCAAAGGGAAAAUAUUUCACACAGGGUAAUAGUGCAAAUCUGACUGAAGCACUGAGUCUGUACGAGGAGCAGCUGGGAAAACUCUCAUGUCCCGUGGACUUCCAUAAACAGGUGGUGUGUGUGCCCUCCUACCUGGAGCAAUGGGUUUUCUACACAGCAUGGAAGAAGUAAAGACUUUCGUUCUGAGGAUUUUUCCAGCAGCUGAAAUGUAAACGCGUGGAAGGAUUUUUUUUUUUUUUUAAAUGUCUCCUGUAGUUCCAAAGAUGUUGAUGGUCAUGUCAACACAAAAAAUGUAAGCUAAAAAGAUUUAGUUCUGACUUGUCCAUUCUCUUCCUUUUAACCUGGUUCUCGUUUUAGCGGGCUCCAUGCCCUCUCUACUCCAAAAUCCAUACUCAGACUGCCUCUUCCUCUUCUUCCCGAUGUUUUAGUUGUGUUUUAAAUUUGUUGCUUUAAAAGUGUAUUUCAAUUUUGUCUAUAUUUUAUAUGUUCAUUUGCUUGUGCUUUGAAGAAACUGUUAAUGUUGAUACACUGAUUUGAAACACUGAUGAUAUGUUGUAGCUUAAUUUACUCUAGAUCUGUGACUGCUUUUUCUUUUCUCUUCAUGUUGAGCUUUUAGGUUUACCUGACGUGAUGCUUUUAAGCUUGAUUUUUGUUACUGCUACCAAAAUGUGAGCUUCCUGUUCCAGGAUUGUCCUGAGGUGGUGUGAUCCUGCCGUCUGAGGCUUAAAGUGUUCAAGUCCAUAAAAAAAAAAAAAUUAAAAUUAAAAAAAGGGAAACAUCAGACACAGUAAGGCCACACAUGUCCUUGUGUGGUUUUUAUGUUCUUUUUUUCUUGGCACCUUUGAUUCCUCCUGAUGUUGUGAUUGAAUUAGGUGCAUGUAAAGGACGGUGAAUGAAGCUUGCUUAUGUAUACAGAUACCAGCACAAUUGAAAGACCCUGCAGGACAUUUAUUUAUUCAUUAAAGUUUCACUAAAUGCUGUUCUGUUCUACUUCAAGUUUUGUGAACAUCUGAAAUAAAACUGUCCUAAGUAGAAAA